CCCCUGUUCCGACGUCUCUGUAACGUUCCCAUUUCUGCUACUAGACAAGUAUUUCGGUGUGAACUGAAUGUUACAAGUACCUUCUACUCGGUUAGGUUAUUGGCUAUCGAUUGUAGUUUUAGGAACACACAAACAAUUUAUAUAUAUAUAUAUAUAUAUAUAUAUAUAUAUAUGUGUGUGUGUGUGUGUGUGUGUGUACAAGAUGUUUUAAUAGCAGGGGGACAAUGUUUUUCCAGCCAUUUAUUUUCCACUUCCCAGCCGGGCGCCCGGGCCCCUAAGGCUACCGGGCCCCUGGGCAUUUGCCCCUUUUGCCCCCCCCCCCUCUCGGCGGCCCUGGUCCGAGAUACGACAAAGGCGACAUACUCGUCCGAAACGUAUGUGUCAACAGAGGCAGAAGGUAAAGAAAUACAUCACUUAACAAAGUUAUAAUCAUAAGGUAUAAAUACUCUCAUUUGAUGAUCAGCGUACGCCUACAGAAUCGUUACGUUCAUGCUUUUGUAAUUACGAAUCUGAAACAAACUUUGAAUUCCCGCUCACAUUAUCCUUGUCACGUGAUAGGUGUUGACCACACAGUUAUACAUGUCAUGGUAUAGCGAACGCUCCCUCUACCUAUUAUACCUCUAUGGAAUGGACAGUGGUGUGAACCUAACGGAAAGCGAAAUAUUUUACCUACCGACACAAUGAAAGAAAUAACUUUUGUUAUGUUGCAGCACUUGACAAAUAAUUUUGGAGGUUUAUUUUCGUUCAGCGAGAAAGGCCACUUGGCCAACUGCGAAGCCCAGCUCCGGCGGAAGAUGAUCCUGGCCCUGCAGGAGACGUCACUCUGCCCCCAGCCCGAGGACCAAUCAGAGUUCUUCCCGUCGGCGCGGAGCCACGCCCUCGCCUUCCUGGUGGCGGAGUUCCUCCAGGGGCGGGGCUACCCCUACACGCUGUCUGUGUUCGCCAGCGAGGCGCGCCUGCCGCCGGCGGGCGGGCCCUGGCCCUGGGACAGCGGCCGGGACCGCUCGUCGCUGCGGCUGGCGCGGCGGGACGUGGAACACGUGCUGGGGGCGCUGGGGCUCCCCGCGGGCUCCCGGGAGGCGGCGUCCGUGUGCGACGCCUACGAGGCCGGGCGGGAGCCGCUCCUGCCGUGCGUCGUCCAGGGACUCCUGCCGGUCCCCGCCGUCGACACCUCGCUUCCCGCCGGCCGGGCGGCGAGGAGCCCCAAGGUGAAGAGGCUGGUCCGGAGAUUGAAGAGGCACUACAGGCGCGAGGUGUCGGAGGCGCGCGCGCGGCUGGAGGGCCAGCACGAGCGGGCCGUGGCGGAGCUGCGCGCCCUGCAUCAGCGUGAUUUGGAGGACGCUUGGCAGGAGCACCGCGCGGCUGAGGAGACGCACCAGCGCCGGGAGGAGGCGCUCGUGCGGGCGGAGGCACUCGCGCGGGCGGAGGUCGCCCGGCACGACGCUGAGGCGCGCGAGACGCAGGACGCGCGGGCACGGCUGGCGCGAGACGCCAUGCAGCUGCAGCACCAGAGGAACGAGAUCGACAUGCGAGUGCGCUUCCUCGAGGACUACUUGGCGGAGCUGAGGCAGCGCGAGAACAACUUCCAAGAGGAGAGCCAGCGAGAGCUGUCUCUCAUCGCAGAGCAGAGGAGGAAACAAGAGCUGAAACAGAAGCAGCUGGACGAAGGAUUCCGACGGCUGGAAGAGGAGCGGGCGGCCGUGCGGGGCAGCUACGAGCGCCUGCUUCAGGCGUCGGCGUCCGCGGGCGUCUCGGCGCGCCUGCGGCCGGAGCCGGCGCGGCCCUCCGUGCGGCACGGAGCCCAGCAGACCGACCCUCUGCCCCAGCCCCGGCCCCAGGAGGGGCAGACUGCAUCGUCCGACACCGUGAGGCAACUGCGGGACGAGAACUGCGAGCUGCGCAUGUACGUGCGCCAGCUCCGCCAGCGCAUCAGCGAGCUCAUCCUGCAGUCCGUGCAGGUGGCGAAGCAGCUGGAGAGCGCCCACGACGCCGUGCGGCUGCUGUCCAGCCGACCCGCACAGCAGGCGGCACCGCGCGAGCGUGACGGGAGCCCGCGGCCCGGGGCCGCCGCACACAGCAGCAGCAGCGGGGACUCCGACGGGGGCAGCCCCACGGACGCGGUGCUCCGCGAGACCAGGGACCGGCUGCGGGAGCUGGAGGAGGAGAGCGAGGCGGUGGACCGCAGCUACGAGCGCUUCCGGCUGCGCCAGACCAGGAGCCUGGCCGAGCCCGCGCUUCACGACUUGCUGCAGCGGUACAGGCGCAGCCAGCACGCCACGCCACUCUUCCUGCCUCCUCCACCGUCGACUGUCCCGGGUGGCCAUACGCUGUUACCAGGCGUGCCCCGAACAGAACACCCGAGGAACUACCUCCCUCAGCCACCGGCACCCAUCGGCAGUAUCGAUGCCUCUCCAGUCAGCAACGACGCAACGGGAAGUAGUGAAAUUGCAGCAACAAAUGUAACGAUUGAUGAUGCGCACAAAGCCGCAGUAAACCGCAGAUUGGUGAACUCCAACACUGUGAAAGACUAUGGUGUGAGGCAAACUAGCCUGUCAUUCAGUCCACAAGAAACACAAGCAGACAGUGACAAGCUUAACUUAAACGCCAGUGCAGUGGAGUUAAGAGGAAGUUUUCAGGAAGCUCUUCCGGCAGUCCGAGAUCAAGGUGGGCCUUUGAGUGGCAAUGAUAAAAUGAAUGGGAAUAUACGUGAUAUAACACAGGAGCCUUUGGUCCGUAGCGACAAGUUGGAGAAUGGGACACUGUGUAGCAGAGCAAAGGAGCCUUUGGAGCAUAGCGAUGGUGUAGAAAAUUGGAUAGAACAAAGUAUGUCAGUGAAUACAGAGAUGCUAGGAAAUGAAAACAGGCACAACUUGAUACUAGAGCCUGCCAUUGGUGAAGGCGUGCUGGAAAAUGAGAGGAACUCUAACAUAAUAGAACAGGAAUCAAAAUUCCAGGCAUCUGCUGCAUCAAACGAGCAAAGGGAGUUCACGCAGCAAGAUGAAGCCCUGAUGCAGCAAGCUAUCAAUAAGUGUGACGUCAGUGAGGACAGGAUACCAGAAACAGCGGUAGAGCCGCAAUCAGAGAGUGUUGUAAUUAAGACGGGACUGCAGCAAGAGGAGGGUGAAGUGGAAGGGUCAUUGGGGUCAUCGCAGUCAGAAGCUGGAUCCAGCGAAGACAUUGAUGGAGGUGUGUCAGAGCCUGAAGCAGCGGAUAUAAUCGCGGAGAGAAGAGUGUGUCCUGAGGUGUCGCAGGAACAAGCGCCGGAGCGACAAGCGUCAACAACCCGAGACCCCAGUCCCGUGGCCAGUGUGCACAGCCAUGCGUCCGCGGAGUUAGGACACGACAGGGAGAUUCAAGAAGUACUUACAGAAGGGUCACUGUCAAGCGUGGCUCUGAGUAGCGACCAGGCAGUCUCCGCCGGCCGCAAGAGCGACGAAGAUGACGACAGCUUUUGGUGAACUUUGCCAGCAGCAAGUGUGACGAAUAUGACGACAGCGUCUGGUGAACUUUGUUGGCAGCAAAAGGGACGAAGAUGACAACAGCGUUUGGUGAACUUCGCCAGCAGCAAGAAUGAUGAAGAAGAUGAUGACAGCUCCUGGUGAAUUUUCACUUGCAGCACGAGGGACCAAGAUGACGACAGUUUCUGGCGUGCCACCUCCGACUCCAGCGCCUGGUUGGCCGCGCGCUGCUCCAGCGCCUCCUGCCGGCUGGAUGCCAGCAUCGCCUCCAGCGAGGACGCUCCGGCACGGUCCCGCUCCAUCUGGUCCCGGAGCGCUUCGUGCUCCUCGCGAAGCCGUGCCACCUCGCUCUCCAGCUGCGCAAACAUGACACACCUGCGUCUGCUCUCUGCCCGGCUCAAGAAAGCUCAUCAAACCCUGCCUUGCCAGUCCGUUUCGAGUUCAUGCAAAUUUUCUUCCAAAAUAACUAUAAAUAGGGAUACCUGCAGAGAUGCCAAUGCCUACGAAUUUUCCGUAGUUUCUACGGAUCGUAAAGAGAAAUCACGGAGCUACUGAUACGACCAUAAAGUUCUACUGAAACUGCCAAAAAAAAAAUAUAGCUGUAUUAGCUCCCGUAUGCAAAAUGGCUAUGGUGAAUGCUGUUUGUUCCUGCAGCUUGCUUGGUAAUAUUCACUUGGUAAUAUUUCGAGCGAACUGAGAGAACCGAAAUUUUUAAAUGACUAUUUAAAAAAAAAAAAACAAUUAAGUGAAGAUAUACAAACACAGAGCAGUCCUACAUAAUGCAGAUGAUCAGGUACAUCAAUUACAAGUAAAUUUGUAAUUAAUUUUGGUUACUACUGAAAGCUACUGAUAAGUGUUUGAUAUUACCACUGAUAGGUCUUGUUAAAGGUUGGCAUCUCUGCACCUGUAAUUCGCGAUUUCAUUUCACGUCAAGGUAUUUCACAAAACCCUGUACCUAGCUUUCUCUAGGAGUCGUGGCAAAUUGUUGAGGGUGCAGCGGUACGGUUGACCACAUUCUCAUUGGCCCCGUCAAGAGCGGGACGACACCUCUCACCGACCUCAGCCAAUAACCACAGGAGAAAAGCUACAGUAUUUUGUUGAAAUACCUUGACACGAAAUUUAUUCGCGAAAUACAGGUGUUCCUAAUGAUAAAUUAUUCAAAGAGAGCUAUAUGCAUUUCCCCCAUGUGUUUGUUACAAUUUUUCCUGUAAAGGUCAUAUUUAGAAGUAAUUAAAAAUAAUUA